GCGGGCAGCGGCGGCGGGCAGGAGGUGCUGCCACCGCCCUGAGGUCACCGCGGCCCCGAGGAGCGGGCGAUGGAUGGGGCGGACCAGGCGGAUCUCUCCCGGGACCAGGCGGUGCCGCAGUGGAAGAGGAGAUCGACCCCCCGGCCGCGGCCCCCCGCCUGGAGCAAACCCCGGCCGCAGUCGUACCAGAGCCCUAACGGGGUGCUUUACACUGACUUUCCUGUGGAGGACAGGUGCACCCUCACCCUCACCCAGCCGGCUGGCACCGCCGGUACCUGCCCGGGCAGCGGGGCGCCCCGGAGGGACCCCGCGUGUUUCAGCUCCAGCAUGGGAUCGGUGUCCAACGGGAAGGUACGGCCUCCAGCCUGCACAGCGGGCUCUCCUCAGCGGUCCUCCGAGGUGCUGCCUCUGGUUUCGAACAGUUCUGUGGGUUUUAUUGCCAACGGCACCGCUACCUCACCGGGCAGCCAGCAGGGCCAUCCCCUGAGGGGUUCCAGUCCGUCCGCACUGGCACCGCAGCACGGACAGGCUGCUGUCACGUCCAGCCCUCAGAACCCUCCUUCCCCCCGCAACAGCACCGCGGCAGCGCUGCCCUCACCCCGCAGCCGGCUUUCCAAAACAGCAGAAAAAGUUCCGCUGGGACCCGCCGCGGUUUCCCAGGCCGUGUCCCCAGAGCAAGACCUGGCUCCCCCGCCGCCCGCCUCCCCUCAGGGCCAGCCCGUGGUCCUCAGCACCCACAGCCCCGCCGCCCUCAAAGUGGGCACCCAGCAGAUCAUCCCCAAGAGUUUGGCUUCAGAAAGCAAGGUGACGAGCAAAGGCACCGGCCAGAGCGCGGAGACGAGCAAAAGGGUGCUGAAGGUCCGCAGCCUGGUGGAGAGCCUCAGCGUGCCCUUGGUCGCCGAUGCUGAGGAGGAGGCCGAGGGCGACCUGGAGAGCCCGGGGACCCUGAGGAGAGGCCUGAGGUCGACAUCGUACCGCAGGGCUGUGGUGAGCGGCGUGGACUUCGACAGCUCCUCAAACUUGAAGAAAAAAAACAGAAUGUCCCAGCCCGUACUUAAAGCGGUUGUUGAAGAUAAAGAGAAGUUUUCGAGCCUGGGGAGGAUCAAGAAGAAAGUGCUGAAAGGACCAGGGACCUUUGAUGGGGAAGAAAAUGCUGUACUGUAUCAGAACUAUAAAGAAAAAGCUCUGGACAUUGAUUCUGAUGAAGAGUCUGAGCCCCAGGAGCAGAAGCUGGAUGAAAAGGUGGUUUUUCACUAUAAGCCCCUGAGAUCCACGUGGAGUCAGCUCUCUGUUGUGAAGAAGAAUGGAUUGUCAGAAGCAAUCAGCCAGGAAGAAAGGAAAAGACAGGAGGCAAUAUUUGAAGUGAUAUCUUCUGAGCAUUCCUAUUUGCUGAGCUUGGAGAUUCUGAUCCGGAUGUUUAAAAAUUCCAGGGAGCUGAGCCUCACCAUGACCAAAACAGAGAGCCACCACCUUUUCUCCAAUAUCAACGACGUCUACGAAGCAAGCAAAAAGUUCUUUAAAGAACUUGAAGCAAGACAUCAGAACAACAUCUUUAUUGAUGAUAUCAGUGACAUAGUUGAAGUGCAUGCUUCUUCAACCUUUGACCCCUACGUCAAAUACUGCACCAAUGAAGUCUAUCAGCAGAGAACACUGCAGAAAUUACUAGCCACAAACCCAGCAUUUAAAGAGGUGCUGUCACGGAUCGAGUCCCACGGAGACUGCCGGAAUUUACCCAUGAUCUCCUUCCUCAUCCUGCCCAUGCAGAGAGUGACCCGCCUGCCCCUGCUGAUGGAUACUAUUUGCCAGAAGACUCCCAAGGACUCACCAAAAUAUGAGAACUGCAAGCAAGCUCUGAAAGAAGUGAGCAAGCUGGUACGGCUGUGCAACGAAGGUGCUAGGAAAAUGGAAAGGACAGAAAUGAUGUACACAAUUAACUCCCAGCUGGAAUUUAAAAUCAAGCCUUUUCCGUUGGUUUCCUCUUCACGAUGGUUACUGAAAAGAGGGGAAUUAACAGCAUUUGUAGAAGACACUGGACUUUUUUCAAAAAGAACUUCUAAACAGCAGGUGUACUUCUUCCUCUUUAAUGAUGUCCUCAUUAUCACCAAGAAGAAGAGUGAAGAGAGCUACAAUGUCACAGAUUAUUCCCUGCGGGACCAGCUGGUGGUGCAGCCCUGUGACAGCGAGGACCCCAGCUCCUCUCCUGUGAAGAACACCUCAGCCAUGCUCUACUCGCGGCAGAGCUCUGCAGCUCACCUCUUCAGGCUGACAGUCCUCAGCAACCACGCAGGGGAGAAGGUGGAGAUGCUCCUCGGAGCAGAGACUCAGAGUGACAGAGCUCGCUGGAUUACAGCGCUGGGGCAGGACAGAGACGGGCAGACAACCGACAGGACAACUUUGACUCAGGUAGAGAUCAUCAGAACUUACACAGCCAAGCAGUCAGAUGAACUGUCUCUUCAAGUUGCUGACGUCGUGUUGGUUUAUCAGAAAGUAAAUGAUGGCUGGUACGAAGGGGAGCGGCUGCGGGAUGGGGAAAGGGGGUGGUUCCCUAUGGAGUGUGCCCGGGAGAUCACCUGCCGAGCCACCAUCGACAAGAACAUGGAGCGGAUGGGACGCCUGCUGGGACUGGAGACCAACGUGUAGGCUGGUGUGCUGCUUCCUGCUGGAUCUGCACUGCUGCUCUGCUCCUGGGGUUACCCUGCACAAACCCAGGAACCGCACUGAGCCAUCACCCCCUUCUUGGUUUGCAGCCUGAGAGCUCUGAACUGAAACCUGGCUCCACCAGUAGCAGAUUUCAACUAGAACAGUUUGUUAAGGCACUGGAAAUCAGGUUGUGAAUCUCCCUGCCUUAAGCUUUGUUUCAGCUUGAGUUCCUCCACCCCUUACGUAUUCUUUCUCCCUCUGUUUUUGAGCAUCUGGACGUUCUCUGAGCAGCAGAACUUUGCCUAGCAGUUUGCCACAGAAACUGGCCCAAACCUUUGGGCUGGAACAGAACAGCAACAGUGGGCGUUAACUUAGAACCAGCAGUGUUACAUUGCCAGUACCAGAGAGGAGGUUUAUGGGAUAAAAUCUCCAUUACCUGAACCAACCCUGUAAGGCAUAAAGGGAUGUCCAGGCUUUGCAAGAAGUGAGUUUUUUAAUUAUUAUUUUGUCUUUCUGCUCUUCUGUACUCAAGGAGAUAGCUGAAUGGAUGGAAGGGUAGAUAGUUAAGAUGGCCAGAGAGAUAAUUUCCUUCCAUGGAGGCAAAAAGUGGAACUGAACUUCAGUUUACUGACAUCUUUAGCAUUUGCUAGCAACAGGCAAGACAAAAGGGAGAAGACUGAUCUGUAAAGCUUUGUGAAGAUGCCAGGUUUUCUCUUCUCUAUUGAGCAUGUAGAUUUAUAUCUAAAAAUAUAAACUCCCAGUGAGGAAAGGCUUGGAAGCUACCUUGGCACCUUGACCAAGCUGGUGUUUUGUUAUCUUUGCCUUCGGCUGCAGGGUGACUGGGGGUCACUUGAUGGCAUGGGAUGCUUCAGGCAAGAGCUAAGGGGGGAGAGAGAGCCACAGGCACCAGAGCCCUGGGCCUGUGCCCCCAGAGCAGCUGGCACUGGGGCUGCUGCACACUUCUCUCAUGUAGAGAAGACUUCUCACAAUUGCACUACACACAACACCUGCUCAUUUUUGCAUCUGGAGUUUAGCUUUGGAAUUUCACAAAAAAACCCCGAAACAACCACUUAAUGUUGUGUGAAUUAAAUGCACUCAAAAAUGAAGUAAAUUGCAGUGCAUCUUUUCUGUAUAUAGGUGUGAGUUUGUAUUACAAAAACCUUCACCUUUUUAAGGACCAGCUGGUAACUCAGCAGGGUAAAAGAUAUGCUCAGUAAAAGGAGGGAAGAACAUGUAGUACAAAGACUUUCUGCUUGUUGCCUUCCCUGUUUUUUUUAAAGGGGCUGUAUGUUGUUUUAUAUACUGUUAAUAUGUUGGUUUGUAAAUGAAUUGGAUGUUUAUAAAGAUGUCUCUAUAACAAUUUAAAACAUAUUGGGAAGGCAAUAAUUUUGUACAAAAAUACUUCUCUUGACACAGUCUGACAGUGAUUACACAGCCUUGUAAAUUAAUUUGUAAGUAGACUAAAAAUAGUAAUGAGAGAAACUGUAAAGUGAACAAAGACUUAUUUAACAUAGUAAAAAUACUGCUAAUAUUUUAACAAAUUCUAUUGUACACAGACGUUUAACAUGUAACAAUGUAUAAAUACAGACCUUAAUUUUAUUCAGAUUUUUUAAUAC